AUCCUUCUCACCUCGCCUGCUCAAUCUCGAUAAAAACCCCAUCUGUGGUGUCAGAUUAUUCUAUCAUAGAACCUUGUAUCAUCCAUUUUCUGGUUUCUCAUUUAGAUUCCCCGGUGGAAAUGUCGAUGCUCUUCCCUUCCGUGUCCUCCCUCGCUGGCUCUUUUGGGCCAACGGUUGGACUCAACAUCUCCUCACCCUUUCACUCUAUCAAAGCCGGUAGUGUGUUGGACGAUGCUAAGUCCAAGGCGAAGGAAUUGGAGGCCAAGUCCAAGGAUGGUCUUGAAGGAGCCAAGGCUCAAUUGAGCUCGGAAGCUGAACACCUCAAGUCUAAGAUCGGUGCAGUCACUGGCGGUGGUGCUGCCAAGCCUUCCAUCGAGCUCUACACGCCAAAGUACUACGCUGCCUGUGCAGGUGGUGGUGUUCUAGCUUGUGGUAUCACCCAUGCUUUCGUUACUCCUCUUGAUUUGGUCAAAUGUCGUAGACAGGUCGACAAGAACCUUUACAAAGGUAACAUGGAUGGUUGGUCAAAGAUUUACAAAGCUGGCGGACUAAGUGGUCUAUACACUGGUAUCGGACCAACUUUUGCUGGAUAUUCUAUCCAGGGUGCCUGCAAGUAUGGAUUUUAUGAGUUUUUCAAAAAGAAAUACGCCGAUAUUGCUGGUCCUGUCAACGCUGCCAAAUACAAAGAUGCCAUCUACCUUGCUGGAUCCGCCUCCGCUGAAGUCAUCGCCGAUGCUGCUUUCGUUCCAUUUGAGGCCGUCAAAGUCCGAAUGCAAACCACUGUCCCACCUUUCGCUUCUGGUAUGGCUGACGCAUUCAAGAAGUUCACUGCCGUCGAAGGAACUGGUGGUCUUUACAAAUCUCUUCCAUCGCUUUGGUCUCGUCAAAUCCCAUACACCAUGAUGAAGUUCUGGUCUUUCGAGGCCACUGUGACCAAGAUCUACGCUUCACUCGGUAAACCCAAAGACUCGUACAACAAGCUCCAACAACUCGGUGUCUCAUUUGUUGGUGGAUAUAUUGCCGGUGUCUUCUGUGCAGUUGUCUCACACCCCGCUGAUACCAUGGUCUCCAAGCUCAACGCUGCCGGUAAGGAGGGCGUUGCCAAGCCAACGGUCGGAUCAAUUUACAGUGAAAUCGGCUUCGGUGGACUCUGGGCUGGUUUGGGUACUCGUAUCGUCAUGAUCGGUACUCUUACUGCUCUUCAAUGGCUCAUCUACGACUACGUGAAGGUUGCCUUUGGUCUUCCAACCACUGGAUCAGCCGAACCUCAAAAGAAAUGAGGACCUAAUAACUAAAAUCCUUGAUGGCAGCUUUGUGUCCUUUUUUCUUGAUUCCUUUUUGGCUGCUUUGUCAAAAUUGCCAAUUAGAUGUACCAAGAAACUAAAGCACAUCGUUCAUAUACAUAUAUAUUUGAAUAAAAAUACUCAUCUUUGCGUAUGUCUCUCGUGGAGUGACAUAGCUUC